ACACACCUACCAGGUUUGUCCAAUAAAUAGUUAAUAGGAAAAAUUUAUUUUGACACACGUGUGAUAGAUCUGUGCUGUAAACAAUCUGUCAGUUGCUGUUUCAACGUAAUUUGGUAAUCCAGACAAAUAUCAGACAAACUCAAAAUCAGCUAAAAGAUGGCUAAUAUUGCAAACUUGAACAUCUCAGAAAGUCCUUUUAGGAAGUGGCAACGCCCAGAUCUGCCUAGCAAAUGUACAUUUCAUCAAGCCAAGUCAAUGGAGGAGACUCCACAUAUACAUGCUGAUGUAACGCCAAAACCUAAGAUUCUACCAAAUAUUUUACAUCAGAUUGGUAACACACCUCUAGUCAAACUCAACAACAUUCCAAAGAAAGAAGGACUACAAUGUGAAAUAUUGGCCAAAUGUGAGUUUUUCAACCCAGGAGGCAGCGUGAAAGACAGGAUUGGUUAUAGAAUGGUGGAAGAUGCUGAGAAGAUGGGUAUUCUCAAACCGGGAGAUGUUCUUAUAGAACCAACAUCUGGAAAUACAGGAAUUGGACUAGCAAUGGCUGCUGCAGUAAAAGGUUACAGAUGUAUUAUUGUAAUGCCAGAGAAAAUGAGUAGAGAGAAGGUUGAUGUCCUUCGAGCCUUUGGAGCUGAGAUAGUGAGAACUCCUACGUCUGCAGCCUUUGAUUCACCAGAAUCUCACAUUGGUGUCGCUAAACGUUUAAUGGAAGAAAUUCCUAACUCGCAUAUUCUGGACCAGUACAGAAAUGCCAGUAACCCUAUAGCUCAUUUUGAUGGAACAGCCCAAGAAAUUCUGAAUUCCUGUGAUGGAAAUGUAGACAUGGUAGUUCUUGGGGCUGGAACAGGAGGAACAUUGACAGGAAUUGCCAGAAAAAUCAAAAUGAAAUGUCCAAAGUGUAAAAUAAUUGGUGUUGAUCCAGAAGGUUCUAUUAUUGCUGAACCAGAACAGUUAAAUGAAACAGAGGUGACAGGAUACGAAGUUGAGGGAACUGGUUAUGACUUUAUACCAACAGUUUGUGAUAGAUCCCAAGUAGACAAGUGGUACAAAUCAUUGGAUAAAGAUUCAUUUAUCAUGUCCAGAAGAUUAAUCAGAGAGGAGGGACUACUUUGUGGUGGCAGUUCUGGGGCAACAAUGUAUUGUGCCUUAAAAGCAAUCAAAGAUUUUGGAUUGAAAGAAGGACAGAGAUGUGUUGUUAUUUUAGCAGAUUCUGUAAGAAAUUAUAUGACAAAAUUUCUGAGUGAUGAUUGGAUGAGCCAAAGAGAUUUCUUACAGAUUGAUAACCAGGUCCCAUCUGCUGAUGAAUGGUCUGACACACAAAACAGGUGGUGGAAUCUACCAGUGAGUAGUUUAUCUUUAAGAGCUCCACUGACUGUGACACCAACAGUCACCAUACAGGAAACAUUAGAGCUACUAAACAAGGAAGGAUUUGACCAAGUACCAGUUGUAAAUGAAGCUGGAUUGAUUCUUGGUAUGUUGACUGUGGGUAAUAUGAUGUCACAGGUUGUCAGGUCAAAGGUUAAACCAUCAGAUCAUGUCAGUGCUGUUAUGUAUAAACAGUUUAAAAAGGUCCAAAUGGGUACAACUCUUGGUCAAAUAUCAAGAAUGCUGGACACUGACCAUUUUGUUGUAGUAGUUCAUGACCAGAGACAGUAUGAAGGCCAGAGUAUGAUGUCCAAGAAGCAAAUGAUUUUUGGCCUUGCCACACGAAUUGACCUGUUGAACUUUAUAACCAAACAACAUCCAGCCUAAUUUAAUUGGUGUUACUAUCAGCUAGAGCAAUGAUGUGAAAGUGCUAUUAUCUUUGAACAUAACAUUUUAAUUUUAUGAAUAGUAUUUGUUAUGUGCAUUAAGGUGCACAUUAAUUACUACAUUCCUAGCAUAAUAGUUAAUAUGUGAUUUUAAUUUUGCAAAAUUUAUAUAAUUAAAUUCAAAAACCAAAAAAAAAUGUAAGUACUACUAGACUGUUUAUCUGUUUAAUUAUUUUCUGGGAACAAUUUUAAUUCAAUAAUUUGUUAAUUGCAUGUAGAUUUUUAUGCUCCUGCUGUAGCGGAGGGGGCAUUAAGUUUUACCCUUGUCCGUCUGUACGCUCGUACGUACAUCCCUAAAUUGGUUUCCGUUCUCUAACUUUAGUUUGCCUCAACCAAAUGUUAUGAAACUUAUACACAAUGCUUAUUACCACAAAACACAGAUCAAGGAUGAAUUUUGGGGGCGUCACUUUUGCUGUUCUAGAGUUAUGCCCCUCUAGUUUCCAUUCUCUUACUUUAGUUUGCCUCAACCAAAUGUUAUGAAACUUAUACACAAUGCUAAUUACCACAAAACACAGAUCAAGUUCAAAUUUUGGUGGCGUCACUUUUGCUGCUCUAGAGUUAUGCCCUCUACAAAUGGAAAAAUUGCUGAAUUUUUCGUUUCCGUUCUCUUACUUUAGUUUGCCUCAACCAAAUGUUAUGAAACGUAUACACAAUGUUUAUUACCACAAAACUCAGAUCAAGUACAAAUUUGGGUAGCGUCACUUUUACAGUUCUUGAGUUAUAUCCCUUUUUAACAUAUGCAAGCGGGGGCAUCAUCUGUGUCCAAUGGCACAUUCCCCAUUUAUUGAGAUUAUUUCUGUGAAGUUGGAAUUUAUUUGAAAGAAAUUCUGUGGGAGAUAAAUUUUAUGACAUACAUGUAUUUGUAUUGUAUUGACGUUAUAGCAAGUAUUGCUCCAAAAGCAUAUCAUUUAACUACCUUAGGUUGUAUUUUAUAAAAAAAAUUUUAAUUGUUAGAAAACAGUUAAAAAGUUGUUAAUAAUAUAUUAUUAAAUGCAGUAAAGUUAUUAUAAUUUCUUUCUACUGCAUAGUAAAAGUGAUAAAUCACUUGUUUACUGAUGUUAAUCAAACUUUAAAAUUUUUUUUUUUGGUAAUUUCUAUGUUUUGAUUAUCACAAUAAAAUAAUGCUAACACUAACUACAUCAACGCUGGGGCAAACAAAAGAUUAACUAUAUAGUGGUUUGAUUUUUUUUCUCAAUUUAUACUUUGAGAUUUUUAGGACCAAACUUGUUCACAUAAAGGCAAUUUAUUCUUUUAAUUAAUAAAAAUAAUUUGCCUCUGUGUGUAUUUUUGAAUAUGUAAUAUAUUUAUUUUUACAUAAGUCAUUUUAAUAGUUUUCUUUAUAUAUAUAUAUAUUAUUAUAUAUAUCUUGACAAAUAUCUGUAAUGAUUAUUGAGGAGUUUAAUGUUUAUAUAUUUUUAUUUUUUCGCAACAAAGGAAUCUCACAUUGGUAAAGGCCUAUUUAAUAUACAAAUAUAUUCAUUGGUAGCUAUAUUAGUAUUUUUUGUUGAGUUUUUGUUACAUGUGGAAAGUAUGUAUUGGUAUCUUUAUUGAUCUGUUUCACAUAAGUGUGACUUUCUCAGUUAAUCAUGUUAAAUGUUGGUAUAUUAUGAUAUAUUCAUUAGACAAUAUCAGUAUUUUAUAACAAAAACCAUUACAAAAAAACUCGUCAUUUAAACUCAGGUGGAUAGUUGUCUCAUUGGAAAUUAAACCUCAUCUCCUUAUUUUUAUUUAGUCAAUAUUCCUACAAAAGGUUAUGCAUGUAACAGUAACUUUGACACUUACUUGAAAAAUAGAAUUCUUGUCUUUGAAAUGAACACUUACAAUACUUAAUAUUACUAAUACUUCAUAAACUUCAUAUUGCCUGACUAAUAAUAGCAGGGGUAUCAUUAGUGAGCUUUAGUUCACAGUCAAUCUUGUUAAUAUUUUAUACUGAAUUCUUUCUGUUUGACCACAUCAAUUUAUGUAAUACUUGGGUAUUGACAGUUUAAAGCCUAAUUCCAAUGGUACUUAUUUAAACCCCUACUGGCUGACUUUGUAAUCACAUGAAGCAGAUUUCAUAUAGAACUUUCUCA